GCGGCCCGGAAAGCGUCGGGGCGCGUCCUGCUUUCUGUUUCUCGUUCUCUCCGGCGUCCGUUGAUGCGGGGUAGCUGUUUCGGGUGGGAGGGGGCGAGGUUUGGAGCGGCUGCUUUUACGGAUGAUGCCAAAGGUCAGUAUCUCUUCCUGUCGCUUUUGGCCUUGUGGACGAUGAGCGCGCGAGAGCAAGAUUCUUGACGUACGCAGCAGAAGGAAAUGGGAUCUCCUGAAGCAGCAAGGAAGAGAAUCCUCCCAAUUUGGAUGACACAAAAGGGAGUUGAUCCAGCACAACAAACAGAAACAAAGUCAAAGAGAAGGAAAAAAGCAGCUUUGGCAAGGAGUGAAACAGUCUAUUGCAUGAAUGAAGCAGAGCUGGUAGACAUAGCUCUUUGCAUCUUGGCUGAGAACUGCAAGGGUAAGGGAGCUGAGGUGACUUCAUCAGAAGACGAAGUCCAAGAGCCUCAGCACAUGCUGUCAGAUCAUCACUCAAGUUCAGUAAGUGACAUCAACAUCUCUGGCACAGGAUCCACACCUCCCAAGGUGCUUGAUGCUUUAAGCAGCAGUGAGAACACCAAGUCAGAGGAUGACGAUGAUGCCUUAAAAUAUGUCAGGGAGAUCUUCUUUACUUAAUAAAUCGUAAGAAAAUCACACAGAGGAAGCCAUUUCUGGAGACUGUGUCAAAUAGGAUGUUCAGAUUCAAAGGCAACCCUGGGGCAGCUCCUAAUGACAAGUGUACAACAGGAAGGAGUGGUAUCCCACAUUCUUCAUCGUGGUUUCUGUGCAUCUCACAUAUCUCAUCGCUUCCGAAACAAUUGAUUCAAGUAGGGAAAGCAUGUACUAAGAGCAGGGUGUGCGUGCACGUGUGCGUGCAUGUGCGUGCAUGCGCUGGGAGAAGCCUGCUUUUAGUUUCCUUGAAAGCAUAAAUAUUUUCACAUGACUUGUAAGAACUGAACUCUUUAGCUGUGUCAUAAGUCCUAAUGCCUGUGCGAUGUGUUAAGUGUUAGACUGGGCCUUCUAGUCCCUCCUCGUCAAUAAAGCUCUGGUUGACUUUGGGCCUGUCACUGACUCUCAGCCUAACCUACUUCACAGGGUUGUUGUGAAGAGGUCUAUGUAUGCUGCCUUACAUUCCUCAGGAGAAAAUGGCAUCAAAAUGUGAUACAAUAAUAAUAAUGCUUCUUCCGCA